AUCAAGAAUAGAAAAAUGAACACCAAGAAUAGAAAAUUGAACAUCAAGAAUAGAAAAAUGAACAUCAAGAAUAGAAAAAUGAACAUCAAGAGUACAAAAAUGAGCAUUACGAAUAGAUGUGGAAAAAAAGUGUUCAGAAUAAAUAGAAAUGAGAAGAUAAUGAAUGAAAUGAGUGUUAAAGUAAACUGA